AUGCCUUUUGGCAUUGAUCUUCAUGUUCAACCCAUUUAUGCUGGACUAGCAAUUGCCGUCCUCGGGGGCGUUGCAUUGUCCCGUCUUUCGUCUCGAUCCAAGACCGAUGACGACGGGGCCCCGGGUCUCGUACACUCUUUUUUUCUCUUCUUCUACUCCUCCUUCAUAAAACCUCACCAGGGCGAUUCCACGACCAACCAGCAGGACGCCCUGGAGAGCUUCUACAAGAAGCAGGCCGGUGCUUAUGACUCCACUCGCAAGGUUCUCCUUCGAGGGCGCGAGGACAUGCUGGGCUUGGUUGUUGCCCAGCUCAAGUCAAAGGCUGAACAAGCUACCGCCGCAGGUAAGAAUCGGAACAAGCGGAUAUGGGUUGAUAUUGGCGGCGGCACUGGAUGGAACAUUGAGGCCAUGGGACAUUUUGUCAAUGUUCCCGACUUCUUCACCAGUGUCUACCUCGUCGACCUUUCUCCGUCCUUGUGCGAGGUCGCUCGGAAGAGAUUUGACAGACUAGGAUGGAAGAAUGUCACCGUCGUUUGCGAGGACGCUCGCAAAUUUCGCCUUGAACACUACGAGACUGGCAUGAGCCCAGCUCAGAAUCCCCUUUGUUCUCCUGUUAUCAGCUACUUCAGGCAGCAACGUCCCGAACACGGCGGCGCCGAUCUCGUUACCAUGUCGUACAGUUUGUCCAUGAUUCCCGAUUACUACUCCGUCAUCGACUCCAUCACGUCUUUAAUUUCUCCUCAUGGCAUUUUCGGCGUCGUUGAUUUCUACGUUCAGAACAGGGCUGACUUUGCUUUCCGCAACUAUACUGGUGGUAUCCUUGGCCGCCACGUCAACGCUGUCUCUAGACUGUUCUGGCGUGCCUGGUUUGACUUUGAUCGUGUCGGUCUGGAGCCAAGCCGCCGUGACUACCUCGAAUACAAGUUCGGCACCGUCCUCAACAUCAACGGACGCAACAAAACCCUGGGUUACAUUCCAUACUACGUUUGGGUCGGCUGUCAGAAGAAACCAUUCUCACCUUCGAGUCUGCCUCAUGAAAUUAUUGAGCGGAUUGACGCGCUGGCGACGGAAUCUCCCUAUCUUUACCCUGUCAACCAGGGCGAUGCUCUGACGCGAGCGAUUGAGAGGUCUGCCCCAGAAAUCCGCUCCAAGGCCUUCAUCACCGCCGUCCAGAAUUUGUCCGCCAAUCUGCCUCUUCCGUCAUUCUUUUACCAGAACCACCACUGGCGUAUCUACUACGACGAUCAGUUGCAGAAGCACACUCAGUUCAAGGACGAGUACAUUUAUGCCUUCACGUGGGAAGAUGCUCGUGUCGACGAACGCAUUCUGAAGCUCGGUCCGGAAGACAAAGUUUUGGCAAUCAGCUCUGCUGGUGACAACAUUCUGUCGUAUCUUGCCCAGAGUCCGGCUCGUGUCCACGCUGUUGAUCUGAACCCGACCCAGAAUCAUCUUCUGGAACUGAAGGCUGCUUCGUACACUGCUCUCUCCUAUGACGACUUCUGGAUGAUUUUCGGCGAGGGCAAGCAUCCUGGGUUUCGUGACAUUCUUGUCAACAAGUUGUCUCCUCACUUGUCUGCUCGAGCAUUCCAGUUCUGGCUCAACAAUACCCAUGUCUUCCAGGAUCAGAGCGGUUACGGCCUGUAUGAUACGGGUGGUUCUCGCCAUGGAAUCCGGGCCAUGCGCUGGGUCUCCCGUCUCUUUGGUCUCCGGAGCACUGUGAAGAAGCUCCUCCAGGCAAAGACACUGAAUGAACAGCGUGAAAUUUGGCACCAGAAGAUUCGACCUGCUUUGCUAUCCAAGCUUGUGUGCAAUCUUGUAGUUGCCCAAGAAAGCUUCCUCUGGACCGCCCUCGGCGUACCUAAGAAUCAGCUCGCCAUGAUUGAGAAGGACCACGCCGAGUCCGACCUUGUCAAGGGUGACAAGCCUGCCGCAAAGAAGACCCGGUCUCACGCUAUUUGGCACUACAUGGUGAAUACUCUCGAUCCGGUCGCGGAGGAGACACACCUCGCCAAGGACAACCCGUACUACUACGUUUGCCUCGCUGGCCAUUUUUCUCGCGACUGCCAUCCGCACUACCUCGCUCCUCAAGUUCACGCCAAGCUUUCCAAGCCCGGCGCGCUGGACAGUCUUCGCAUCCAUACUGACGAGCUUGAGGAAGUCAUUGCCCGUAUCAGUCCUGGAACCCUUACAGUCGCCGUUGUCAUGGACAGCAUGGACUGGUUCGACCCUGGCUCCGCUGCCGCCGCUGCUCAAAUCACGAAGCUGAACCGCGCCCUCAAGAUGGGUGGCCGUGUCAUGCUGCGUACUUCUGCUUUGACCCCUUGGUACAUCCAGGUCUUUGAAGCCCAUGGCUUCAUGGCCAAGCGUCAUGGUGGGAGAGUUGACGGUGCCUGUAUCGACCGUGUCAAUAUGUAUGCCAGCUGCUGGAUUUGCACCAAGGUUGAGAACCUGCCACCACCAACUCCCGAAAUGGACCGCAUCGGCGGUCAGGAAAUGCCCAGUUUGACUAUUUGA